GUGUUUGCUUUUGCUAGGAUUUGAACCUUGAAAAUCAUUGAUUGUUAGGUCAUAUUUUUAAAUGUUGGUUAGAAUAUGAAUCCUAAUUUUGGUAUAAAAUAUACCACAAAUACUCACAAGGAAGUUGGGAGGGCCAUUGAAUCCUAAUAACUUUUGAAAACAAUCUUUCUAUUUCUUUACGAAUGGAUGCACAUAAAGUAAGGUUAGAGUUAAAAUCAUACUCUCUCGUAGGGGUAUGAUAAAUCAAAUUGAAAAUGUGAUAUUGAUUUAUCGUUUAUUAAUGUUUUGAUAGGGUUAUACGACAAAUAAUUUGAGACGAAAAGACCAAAUUAAGUCAUUUGGAAAAAAAAAGCCUAAGGUACCAAGUUUUUGAGAUCCAUAUUUUGAGAUCUGUUUAUGAACCUUACAUUAACUAUAACAUUAAUAACCGUUUAAAUUACUAAUUAAAUUAACUCUUAACCACUAAUUAACGUGAGCUUGGAUUAAAAAAAUACCUAAACCACAUAGUACAAAUUUACAUUGCAUGUCUGACUGUCUGUUGAACUUAUGUUGAAAAUUUAAAACUAUAAUAUAAAAAAAUUGUCAGCAAAAAAGACUGAUGAGCCCGCUUCUUCAGAGAUUCCACAUUCACCUAUUUCUACGCUGUUUUGAGAAUUUUUUUUUACACCAAAAGACAAGAAAUUGGAACGGUUCACAGAAAAUUGACCCUUUUUUGUAUUUGGUGUAACUGCUCUGUCCUCCACCUGUUUGUCUUUUUGUUUCCAUUUCUUCAACCCUUUUUCCUCUCUUGUUGUAUGAACAUUUUUCUCUUUUUCUUCAUAUUGUAGUCAAAUUCACGUUGGUUCUGAUCUGGGUUUUCAGUUUCUUGAUCUGGGGUUGUGGUUUCUUGAGUUAUUUCAGCUCCAUUGACAAGUUUUCUUGCUUGUAUAGAAAAAAAAUCCAUUCUUGAUUUGGUUUUUCCUUGUUUUUACCAAUCUUGUUUGGUUUUGAGAAAAGGGGGUGUCUUGGAUUUAGAUAUUGGUUUGACAAAAGGGGUGUUUGUUUGUUUGUUUCAAGUUUGUCUUGGAUUUGUUUAUUAGCCAUAGUGUGAUAAAUGCUGAGGGGAAGGAUAAAGAUAUGAUUUUUAUGGUGUGAGCUAAUGUAGGAGUUUGGUUUUGAGUUUUGUUUAGAAUGAAUGAUUAGAUGGUUUUUUGUUAUUAUCAUGUCAUUUGUUUAAAGGUCUAAUUUUUGCAUUGUUUUGUCCACCAUUUUGAGUAUUGGAGCAACAAUGGUAGCUUAUAGGAUGUGUUAGCUGUUGUUACUUUGUUGAUAUAGAGAAUUGCAAUGGCUGAGAGGAAUGUACAUUUGAUGGGAUUUUUUGGUCGAAAAUCCUUGUUUAGUAUGUUUUCAAUUACUUCAAUCUUGUUCAUGUUAUCUUUGUUAUUUGUGAUGCGUUCAACUGGACAUCGUCACUUUUUUUACCUCAAUGUGUUACCUAAGUCCAAGGUUCUUGCUUUGUCUGAAGAAGGUUAUUCACAAUCUAGUAGUCAAAGUAAUUAUGAGGUCUCGAAUUCAAAUCGAGCGGUGUCUAACAAAGGAACAUUGGAAAAGUAUAAUGUGUUAAAGUGUAAUCCUAGUAAACAAGUCCUUAAAGUUUUCAUGUAUGACUUGCCCCCGCAAUUUCAUUUUGAAUUGUUGGGAUGGAAGGCUGAGGGAAAGAGUGUCUGGCCAGAUAUUAGGAAACUGGUUCCUACUUAUCCAGGCGGAUUAAACGUGCAGCAUAGUAUAGAGUAUUGGUUGACAUUGGAUCUUUUGUUGUCUGAAUUUGAUGACAAUUUGAAUAGUCGAAGUGCUAGUGCAAUAAGAGUGCAUAAUUCAAGUGAAGCUGAUGUGAUAUUUGUUCCUUUCUUUUCAUCGGUUUGCUAUAAUCGGUUUUCAAAGGUUAAGCAAAAGAAGAAAACAAGUCCAAACACCUUGCUGCAGAAAAAAUUGGUUGCCUUUUUGACAACACAAGAGGAAUGGAAAAGAUCAGGGGGGAAAGACCAUAUAAUUCUUGCACACCAUCCAAAUAGCCUUUUGGAUGCAAGAAUGAAGUUGUGGCCUGCAAUGUUCAUACUUUCAGACUUCGGAAGGUAUCCUCCCACAGUAGCUAACGUCGAAAAAGAUGUGAUUGCACCUUACAAACAUGUUAUCAGGAACUAUGAGAAUGACACUUCUGAUUUUGAUAGUCGACCAACAUUGCUCUACUUCCAGGGAGCUAUUUACAGAAAAGAUGGUGGAUCUAUUCGACAAGAGUUAUUCUAUAUGCUGAAAGAUGAGAAAGAUGUUCAUUUCUCCUUUGGAAGUAUACUAAAAGGCGGAGUAAAACAAGCAACAGACGGUAUGCACUCUUCCAAAUUCUGUCUCAACAUUGCAGGUGACACUCCCUCAUCAAACCGUCUCUUUGAUGCUAUUGCAUCUCACUGUGUACCAGUCAUCAUUAGUGACGAAAUAGAGCUUCCCUACGAAGAUGUUCUUGACUAUUCAGAGUUCUGCAUAUUCGUCCGUACAUCAGAUGCUAUCAAACCACAUUUCCUCAUAAACUUCAUCAGGAGCAUCACGAAACAAGAGUGGACUAGAAUGUGGGAAAGGUUAAAAGAGAUCGAAAAUUUCUUUGAGUAUCAAUAUCCUUCCAAGGACAACGAUGCUGUUCAAAUGGUCUGGCAAGCUAUCGCUCGUAAGGUUCCUACUGUCAAUUUUAAGGUGCAUAAAUCAUCGAGAUAUUCUCGAUCACCUGUUUCGAAGGAAGGAGGGCUAAAAUCAUUUCCCUUGCCAAAGAAUAUUUAGCAAGCAACUUGAACAUUCAGUAGUUGUUUGAAUAUUUUGUCAACAUCAGAAAUUUUUUCACAGUUUUGGAACAUAACCAAUGUUUUGCAAACAAUAGUUUAUAUAUACUAUAUAGUAUAACAUAGAAAAGAAAGUUGUAAUUUUUAAGUUUAUGAUUGUUGAAUCAGUUAAA